GGCUUGUCCGGUCCGUGGCGGCAAAGUAUGGCGAUGCAUGCAACUUUAUGACGCGCUUGCUCAAGGAGCCGUCCCAGGAUGCCGCGGACCUGGCGGAGCGGAUGCUGAUGUCGAAGCAGCUCAUGAUUCAACUGCUGCAGGACGCGGCGGUGGAUAGCGGGACAGUGGUGCUGCCGCAGCGCCGUCGCCUGGCGCACAUGACCCUUCUUCCGCAUCUAGGGUCAGCGGAGCGGAGCGGUGGCGGCAGCAGCACGAUGGCAGCCGCGGUCACAGCAAGCAUCAGUACAUCCGCUGACCGGGCAGACGCAGCCACAUUUAGUGGCUCCUGGGCUGGGCGCCCUCUGUGGCACCCGCCGGCGACGCAGCUGCCGAGGCCGUCCUCCAGGAUGCUGCUGCGGCCCGCUAGCAGCGGCCUGGCGUCCUGUGCCAGCACUGCCUCCCUCUCCUCCGUCGCCACCGCCACCAGCGCCGCCAAAGCCCGUGCCGCCUCAAUUGUCGCCUCUCGCAUCAGCCGUAGCACAUCGGGUGCGUCCCGUGCGAGUUGCGACGAUCUGGGUCUGCUGCAGCCGCAUCAAUUGCGAGAGGAGCAACAGCGGCCCCCCGGCAAUGCGGACAGCGUUCCAGCGGCCGCGGCAGACGCCAGCAACGAGAGCACGGGUGCUUGUGACGCGGAGGCAGGGGGUUUGACGUUGGACCUGCGCAUCUCGCUCGAUCCGCCCGUGGCGGGCAUCUCAGCCCUGCACGUGGUCGCGGUGCAGGCGCAGCAGCUAGCGCCGAAGCACGUGAGCUGGCUGGUGGCGGGGUGGGCGCGCGUGCCCAAGGACGCAGCCGUGGAGGCACUGGCGGAGGCGCUGAACCUGGAAGACGGAGCAGCAGCAGCAACGACAGGAGGCGCGGCCGCCAGCAGCAGCGGUACGGCUGGGAAGGGCGGCAAGACCGUUGGAAAGGGCAAGGCUGCUGCCGCUGCUGCCAACCGCAGGGCAGGUGCUGCGGCGGCAGCACCCAAGCUGUGGCCGCUGCCCAAGGUCCUGGGGUUUGACACGGAGUUCGUGGGUGACCAGCUGGCGGUGGUGCAGCUGUGCGCGGGGCCGCACGUGCUGCUGGUGCAGGUGCCCAGCUGCCGCCAGCCUGCAUCGGAGCAGCAGCAGCAGCAGACCAAGAAGAAGGCGCAGGGUGGGAAGGAGCAGCCGUGGCGGGCGCCCUUCACGCUGCUCCCGGAGUUGAAGGCCCUGCUGUGCGAUCCCGGCAUCCCCAAGGCCGCGGCGGAGGCGUGGCAGGACGCACUGAUGGUGUACAUGGGCUUUGGCGUCAAGCUGCGCGGCGGUCUAGACCUGACGGUGGCGGUGCCUCCAAACCGUGCGGACAGGCAGCGCGGCCGCAACAAGCUGGGGCUGUUCGACAUCUUCCGCACCUUCUUCUCAGCCGCUGAUCACGUGGCUAAGGAUGAGACCAUUGACCACUCCAAGUGGCGGUCGUCGUGCCUGGAUGACCAGCAGAUGCGUUACGCGGCGCUGGAUGCGUUCGUGUCGUACGCCGCGGGCGUGUGCGUGCUGCUGCGGCCCGGCAAGGCGCCGCCGCCGCCGGUGGACCUGGCGGCGGCGCCCGAGUGGGAGGUGCGGCUGGCGGCGCAGUGGGUGGCGGUGCAGCAGUACCUGGAGGCCCAGUCGCCGGACCGCGCCCAGCACGAUUUCCAGACCGCCCAGUUCAUUGCGUGCACCAAUAGGGGCGUGUUUAUGGAGGUAUCCAUGGCGCGCUACAGCACGCGGCUGGGGAAACAUUGCUUGGUGGAAGCGUUGCUGCCCGACGGGCGCCGCAUCACCGGCCGCUGCAACAUGGCGCGCGGCAGGAGCGCACGCAUCAUCGAGCUCCAGUGGUCAGAUACCAAGGCAAACAUCGCCAGCCUCUCCGAGCUGCCGGCCACGGUGACAAAGAUUGAGAUUACGGACACCUCGGAUACACCCGAGGAGAUGGGCGUCAAGGCGCUGCUGCCCCAGGUGUUGUGCGGAAAGGACCGGCUGCACGGCCGGCCCCUGCUUGAGGGCGUGUUUGGCGGCGGCGACUUCUCCUUCCCGGCGCCCGGCCCCGGCGGCACCAACGAUGGUGCAGCCGCUGCGGCCGCCUCAGCAAGCCCUGCGGCGACAGGCGCAGCGGAAGGCGGCGGCAAGAAGGCCAAGGGCAAGGGCAAGGCACAGGAGGACAGCAAUAGUGGCGGCGCUCCUGUCGGCAGCGCGGCUGCCGUCGAAAAUGCGCUUUCGCAAGCAGAGGCGGCUGUGCGACUGCUGUCGGACACGGCUGCUGUGAACGCGUCGCAGGCGCGUGCCCUGUCGGAGAUCCUGCGCGGCGCCUGCCGGACUGGGCAGCAUGGCAGUGCCACCGGCGGCUCGGCGGUGCAGCUGGUGCAGGGGCCGCCGGGAACUGGCAAGACCACGGUCAUCUCACACGCGGUCCGGAUUUGGCUGGAGGAGGCGGCGCCGCGUCUGCCCCUGCUGCACAAGCACGGCGGUGCCGGCGGCAGCGGCGCGCGGCUCCUGCCGGCGGUGGCGUGUGUGGCUCGCAGCAAUGUGGCCGCCAAGAACAUCGCCCUGUCCCUCAUCAAGCGCGGACUGGGGCCCAAGGAUUUCCGGCUGAUCGUGUCACAAAAGUUCCACUGCGAGUGGCACGAGGAGCAGUACCGCGGGGAGUUGGAGUCGGUGCUGGUGUUGGGCAGCGAACUCAGGGGUUUUGCCAUGCAGCGGCCACUGCGAAACGUGAAGGUGUAUGUGACGACCGUGGCCAUGCUGGCCAACCCCUCCUUCAAGGCCACGGCUCUGCAUAGAAAGGCGCUGAGCUGGCUGGUGGUGGACGAGGCCAGUCAGAUAUGCGGCCCCGACCUGAUGCUGCCACUGUACCAGUACGGCCACCAUCUCAAGUGCAUGUCGCUCUUUGGGGACGACAUGCAGCUGCCGCCUUUCGGCGCCGAGUGGGACGGCGCCCAGAUCCGCUCCAUCUUCGACCAGCUCAGCAGCGGCGGCGGCGGCGGCGCGGCGCAGCAGCGCCUGCGGGAGCAGCCGGCGGGCGCGUUCCAUGUAGGGCCGCCGCUUUGCCCGCCGGCCGCGGGCGGCGCCGCCGACGUCGGUGCCACCGGCACUGCUGCCACGUCACCUGUGGUACGGCUGAUGCUGGACGUGUCGUACCGCCUGCCACGUGACCUGUGCGCCUUCAUCAGUCGGGAGAUGUACGGCGGACGGCUCCAGUCGGGCUGGGCCAGUGGUGGGGGCGCUGCCGGCGAUGCCUUCCCUGCGAACGUGCUGUGGAUUCAAGUGGAGGGCAAAGAGGGCCGAACGGGAGGGACGAGCUGCAGCAAUGUAUUGGAGGCGAAGCGUGUGGUGCAGCUGGUGCAGGAGCGUUACCUCAACACCAGCUGGACGAUCCUGACGGGCUACGAUCUCCAGCGGUCGGUGCUUGAGUGCGAGGUGCUGCGGUGCGGGCUCGGCCGCCAUCCACAGCACAACCAGCCGACCCAGCAGGCCGGCGGAGCAGCAGCGGGCGGCGGCGGCGGCAGUGGCGGCGGCGGCGACAAGGGCCCCCAAGGCAGCGACCGCGUGUACAACAUCGACACGUUCCAGGGCCGCGAGGACGAGGUGGUGGUGGUCAGCCUCACGCGCGUCAAGGCGCUGGGCUUCAUGGACGACGACCGCCGCGUCAACGUCAUGCUCACGCGCUGCACGCAGCAGCUGGCGGUGGUGGGCAGCCUGCGGCUGGCGCUGCAGCACCCGCACACGCUCAUCGGCCGCAUGGCGGAGUACUGCAUCUUGAACGGACGGGUGGAGCAGUAGUGGGCGCACGUGGAAAGCGGGGCAUGCUAUGUGGACCGUGGCAUGGCCCUGGCCGUAGCUACACGAAGAUGCGGCGCCGGAAAUAUGGGACCGAGGGCAGCCCGCGCUGGGAAGAGACGCGCAGCGAGGUGGUCCCGUAAUAGGGUUUUGCGACUCCAGGCUUGUGCCAUGGCUGCAGGGCGUAGAGUUGUAGAAGCUCUAGAAUGCAGACGGGGUUGGAACGCCUGAGACAGUCUAGCCACGUGAUACAGAAGUACAGUAGAGACUUGACGGGCGUGUAGCUAGUUGCACGUAGGCCAGCUCGGAGGGAAGCUGGUGUUGGCAGCAAAGGUGCUGUUGUACAUGUUAUGAAUGCAUUACGUGCAUUGUGGCUUGCGGCGCCUGCCGGGUGCUGCUUUUGUGCUCCACCGUACUGAACGAAGGUCCAGAGGCGUGGCAAGUUGUGUCAGGCAUGUUGGGGUGGACGUGUGAUGGGACAGUGGUAAGGCAAGUUGGCGAAGUCCCGUAGGGUGCAGGACUCGUGGCAGGACUUGCGGCGGCAGCAGGACCUGGAUUUUCGCAUGUGUAGGCCCGGCCUUGUAGGCUGUUGUCAUAUCACAUGCCGUUCAGUGCUUCCAGAUACCGUAGGGCAGUUGGCGUACGUGCGACGCACCCACGUGUAUGGUGGACGCUCAGGCACGAAACAAUGGGGUUAUCCAGUUGCCUGUGACACUUGUUGUAUGUGGUUACAAGGUGGUGAGCACGACGUGCACUCCUGGCCCUGCCUGUCCUGAUAGAAACCUUGUAGUGACACGUCCAACAACGAGGACGGGUGCGGCAGGGUGCGAGGUUCGUGCCGAGACUGCCGACUGUGCACAAUGGGUCCAUCGGACACCCUGCAGUGGACAAGGCUCUCCCAGCUGCCCACAGCUCAUCAUGGCCGAUUCAACUGGUA